AUGAACGACGCCGUUGUCGGUACCCUUGGUACCGGCAGCAUCCUUACCGGAGACUCCCCGGAAGAUUCGCCCCUCAGCCCAACGACGGGCGGCAGCGGAAGCGAGAGCAGCAACUCCCCGAGCGCACCAUCGUCCAUCUCCUCCUCGACCAGCGGUUCGUCGGCGUCCACCUGCGAGGCAUCGUCACCACCGGCCGUUACCGCUCAACCGGCACAGGUGCUGUACAUGCCCGUCGGGCUGGCCAACAUUAAGGAGGAGCUGCCGGAACCGGAAAUACAGGCAGACUCUGAACUAUCCCUGGAGGAAGGUCACGCGUUGGUGCAGGUGCUUGAAGACACACCAAACGAUGAGGCGCCUCCACCAGAACCGGAAGUUGAAAUACGAGCCGGCAAAGCGGACAAAUCCUUCCGUAAGCUCACGUCCGAUGGCUACACGCCAAAGUCGGCCGUUGUUCGGCUGCAGAUGGGCAAAGUAACCUACCAGCUAACGGAUCAGAUGAUCAAAGCCGGUGCCCUUGCUGCCAUGCACAAUCCGCUCUUGCUGACCAAGGAUCAGCUUGAGCGGAUGAUUGCCGAGAAGGAUCCGGAACUGGAGUACCGGAAGCACCACAACAACAAUAGCACCUGGCAGCGAUACAUGCCGAUGUAUUACAAAGGCGUAAAGCAAAACUAUGUGCGAUGUCUCGAAUGUGGUUGGCUCGUACUUCACAAGGCAAGUACCGGUACAGGCAGCCUGCUACGCCAUCGUUGCAAGAUUAAGGUGGCCGGCGUGGAGGUGAAGCUCGAACCGAAGGUAUCCAGCAGUUGGAACAACUCCCAGGGCAAACCGGCAUCCAUGGCAAAAUCCGCAGCGGCAGCAGCAGCAGUGGCGGCGACAAUGGCGGGCAUUACAAACAAAGUCCAACCGCCACCAACUCCACCGUCCACAACGUCCGUAACAACCCCACCGCAAAUGGGCAAGUGUGGCAGUGUCACGCCACUGCCACAGAACGUAAAGGACGAGCUGGUGCGGCAGCAGGCCUGCGUACUGUACAAAGAUAUCGUUAGUGCGGAUCUGUUCGAUCAUCCAAGCUUCCGGACGCUUGCCCAGAUGCUGGUAAACAUCGGUGCAUUCUAUGGCCAGCAGGGGGACGGUUUACUCGCUUCCCGUGACGCCCUGCUCGAAACCGUACUGCCGGCCAUGUACCACGAGGCGAAGGGACAACUCAACAAGGUGCUGUCCGAUUGCGAUCUCACGUUCAGCUUCAGCCUGUUUCGGCACGAGCACGAACGGCGUAGCUAUGUAGCCAUUAACGCGUACACGGUCGCUUCCGACUACUACUUCCGACCGUUGCACGUGAAAACGCUCGAUGUGACCGGCCAGGAGGCUGCGUAUGUCGAACACCUGCAGCGCAUUAUCGAGGACAGUCUGGCACGGUCCUUCUCCGAACCGAUCAAGCUAGUGUACGGCGGACCGCCGGAAACGGAAGAUUGUACCGAGACGGAGAAAAAUCUCCGCCAACAGCGCGAACAGUACGAGCUGAUACCGUGCGCGGUGACGAUGCUUUGGAGCAUAAUGAAACGGGUGCUGGACAUGUUUCAGUGCGACAGCGGACGGUACCUUGAGCGGUUUAUGCUAAGUUCGGCUGGCGAGGACGAAGAUGAAAGUGUGCCACCGGAGCUUGCCGUUUUGCAGCGCUUUCUCGAACCGUUUCGGGAACCGAUCCGUGGACUUGCGUCGGACACGGGCGUCACCAUUAGUGAGGUGGUCCUGUGGCGUAAAAAGCUCGAGCUUAGCUUCCGUCCCGAGCCCGAAGAUGAGGAAGAGGUACGGUUGCUGAAGGAAACGCUACUGGGAGAGCUAAAAACACACUUCCCGCUGCACGAUUACCAUCGGAUAGCGGUCUUUUUGGACCCAAAGUUUAAGGGUUUACGGUUUUUGACUGAUGACGAGCGUGACGAAACGCUUGCGAAAGUGAAGCAACACCUGCACGCGGAUCUCGAAGGUAUUGAGCGUGUUAAGCGGGGCCAGUACGGUACGCACGGGGUACGGAAGCGCCGAAGUUCCCUGCCUCCGUCCGAGCUGCGGUUUUACGAGUUUAUGGACGCAUCGUUGAAGCUCGAGUGCGACGAUGUGGUGUACGACGAGAUACAGCAAUACGUGGAUGUGAAGCUGGAGAGUGCGGUCGACAUCAUGUCGUACUGGCGGAACGAGACGGCAUUUCCGCUGCUGAAACGCCUUUGCCGGCGUAUACUAAACAUUCCUGCGGCCUGUGAUGAGAUGAGGCAGCUGUUCGGUCAGACCGUGCAGCGUGACCUGCAGAAGCGGCGGCUUGCGUUAAGCGAUCGCGAGCUUGAUAUGGUGAUGUAUCUGCAUCAGAAUGUGAGCAGUCCGUGAGCGAUUGCGAUGCGAAACGAGAUGAGAGAAUAAAACCUAUAUUUAUUAAUUUUUAA